AUGUCCGAUAAUAUCAAUUCCAAACGAAAACGAUCGAACACAACUGGUCGUUCCAAAUACGGCUGCUUAACUUUCCGUGCAAAGAAAGUCAAAUGUGAUGAGCGUUUCCCUUCAUGCGGAAGAUGCGAGCUUUUAAAGCUUGACUGCCAGCAGCCGUGCUCCCGUAUUCUACCAAGUGUAAGAGAACGAAGACGUGGUGCUGGCCCAAUAAAGUCUCGAGACUCUGAAUGGUCUCCUCAGUCACUUUCACCAGCUUUACAGCUACCAGAGGAACAACCACAAGAAUCAGAAGCACUAUUGGACCAUUAUCUUUCGGGAUAUGACCAUGGAUUGGCAGCAGAAUCAGCAUCUGCAUUUUCAGUGGGAAAUCCUGAAGAUGCAUCUCGAAGCCAGGCGCCAAUUACUGAGGCAGGAGCAGAUAUGUUAUUGGACCUGGUUGCCGAAUGUCUUCUAUCUUUUGAGCCUCUUGCUAUUGCGAACAUAUUUUCAACACAAGAAAAGUCGCUGGAAAAUAGGAUGUCCCUGAAUAACGACGAAGAGUUGGCUCUUACACAUUAUCGAACAGCAUUCUCUCAAUCUCAAACGACGAGAGACCCACAAUGGUCUACUCCUACCUUAUUGCUACUCCAUGCACCGAAGCACUCGGAGAUGCUUCUUCAUCUCAUAUUAGCUGUUUCGCUCCACGAUAUGCCUUCCAAUCCUGACAAUGUUAGCCGUCCUCGCCAACUUGGGCAUAAACAUUACGAAAAAAGCACGGAGCAACUCAUGCAAGCUUUGCAGUGUGAGAAUCCCGCAGACAAUCUCGCAGUACUCGCUUCUUUUUACUGUAUACAUAUGUAUAUGUCGCGAUCGAGCGGAACAAUUAUAUCGAAAUUAGACCGACUGAGUCUCACGGCAAUUGACCAUCUGACAAAGCAUAAUUUGAUAGUAUCAACGUAUGGUCAAUCAUCUUUAACAGAUCAGAAAUCGACUAAAAGUGAUGCAGAGCGAAGUCUGAUCGCUUGUGUUAUUAUGUGGCUGCUAAAAAUUGAUGCUCAAGGGAGUUUUCUGGGAUGCAAGCCUAACUUGGCAAACCAUUUCCCAGCACAUCCUGAACAACUUUCAGCUAUACAAGCGGAAUCGCGUCUUGCUCUACAACUGAAUUGGGGAACGGAAUACCCAAUAUCACAAAGCAUUCGAGAUAUUGAGAAUUGUCUACCAGUCGAUAUGAUGACUGAUAUGCUGGUUCUAAGUUGCAAAACCAGCGGAUUCAGUCAUAAACCCCAAUGUACCGUGGUAGAUGUAAUGCAAGAGAGUCUGCGAAAAGAAUUUGCAGCUUUAGAAAUACGUUAUGGUGCUGUAUUCUACUAUGGAUCUUCAGACAUGACCUUGCAACCAGCCAUGAAACUCAAUUGUGCAAACUCAGCUACAAUCUUCUACGCUUUGCGCAUAUAUUUCGCACGAUGCAGAUCAAGCUCGUUCGGAGCAGAAAGUUUGAGUGAGAUCAAAACUGCUCUGAGCCAACUUCUUCGAUUCGCCAUGUACGUUUCUCCUGCGGGGUCGCAACAACCAGUAUACGAAUUUCAAUGGUCGUUGUUCAUUGCAGCUAUUGAAACAAAUGACAUGAUUCAUCAAGAGUGGCUACAGGGUCGAAUCACUGAUCAUCGCCUUCGCAAAUCAUUGCAAGGGAUUUCUACGUUCAAGCGAAACAAUUUGGGAAUCAUGUCUUUGAGUAAAGUUAAAGAAACUAUUCUGGCUACGUAA